UCAUUGAAUUGAGAGAGAGAGAGAGAGAUUAUUAUAUUGUGACAUUUAUGCUUCUCACUCUGAGAUCUAUCACUCAAGAAGCUUAGUUAACAAUUAACGUUAACUUAUUUUAAAUUGUUGAUUAAAUACUUGAUUCGUUUGUGUUGUUAUACAUUAAAUUGUCCUGAUGGUUUAUCAUUUUAAUUUGAUUCUUUCCGUUGUUUAUUUAUUGAUUUUCCUUUUCCCUGAUCAUCAAAUCUCCGGUUACAGUUAUGAUUCAACGAUAAUCAAUUGGAGCGGUUAUAAUUGGAGGGUCAAGGAGGGAUAUCGGUCACCUGGACCUAAUCAGUUCACCGUUGAUGCCGUUCAACUGACCAAUGAAAAUAAAACCCUUUCACUUGUACUCAAACCAAUGGCCGAUGGUAACUGGACAAAUGCUGAGAUUUACUCUGUUACCACGUUAGGCUAUGGUACGUACUCGUGGACGAUUAGCUCUGAAACAGCCCAAUUACCCGCUCAAGUGACCUUGGGUAUGUUCACUUGGGAGGACUGGUCAACAGAUACCAACAGUCGGGAGAUUGAUAUUGAAUUUGCCAAAUGGGGAAACUCAUCUGAUCCUAAUAACAUACAGUUCACCGUUCAACCUCACACUGUCCCUGGAAAUGCUCGUAGAUUUCAACUUGACCCUUCUAAAGGUCAAACUAAAGUUGAAUUCACUUGGUCACCUUGUGGUGUCUCUUUUAGAGCUAACAAAUUUGAUUCAGUUAAUCAAACUGAACAAUUUAUUAAUCAUAUUGAUAAAAUUAAUCAUGUUCUCAGUGGUAAUGAAAAGAUUCACAUUAACCUUUGGCUUUGGGCUUCGGAAACACCGGACACUAAGGGUCAACCCUUACAAGUGGACAUUGAAUCGUUCACCUUUACACCUUUAAUCAAUUGUGAUUCUAAUCUAAUUGUUGGAAAUGAUUCAAUUAUUUUCCCUCUUUUUCCUUAUAUUAAAUCACAUGUGACGCAAUUUAAUUCAACUUUCAUGCAACAAUCUGCAGUUAUCUUCGAUAAGGUUCAAAAACUCGUUCUCGAUACAUUUUGUACCUUUCGAUUGCCGAACUGACCAGAGAUUAUAAUCGAAACACUAAAUUAUCAUUUAAUUUUUAUCAAAAAUUCGUAUUCACAAAAGUAAAACAAUCAAGUUUAUCAUUAGUGUUAUGGGGAAAUAAAGUUUUAAUUAGGUUUCAUUUGAUUCACCGAUACGAUUGAGGAACAUUUUAAUCAAUUGUAAUUUAAUUUAACUUUUUAAUUCUUAAUUAAUUAAAACAAUUCCAUCAACAA